AUGCCCGAGCAGCAGCAGAGACUUGCCUCCAUCGGCGCCAACGUCGAUACCCGUCUCCCUCUUCAUUGCAGCCUCCUCUUCCAGGCCAAAACCGCCAAAAACCUCACCUUUGCCCAGAUCGCUCAGCAUCUCGGCCGAAGCGAGGUCGCCUGCGCCGGGCUUUUCUACGGCCAGGUUCAAGCAUCUGAUGAGGACGUCGACAAACUCAGCGAGCUGCUGGGUGUGAUCCGCGAUGAUCUCGCUGAGCAGAUGAUGGCGUUCCCCAAUCGCGGCAUAUCCGUGGAGAUGCCGCCCACCGAGCCGCUGAUCUACCGCCUGUACGAGGUUGUCCAGAACUACGGCUAUGCAUACAAGGCCGUUAUGAAUGAGAAGUUUGGCGAUGGCAUCAUGAGUGGUGUUUGUUUCAAGACGGACGUUGACAAGGAGGUUGACGAGACGGGCGCCGCUUGGGCCGUCAUCACCAUGAAGGGCAAAUGGGCUUCACCACCGCCUCAACCCUACACAUUAUUCGCAAUCGAGGACCUCGCCUACACCAUGAAGUUCCUUUACCUUUCUCUUGUCUGCGCCCUGGUAUCGGCAGCCCCGAUCACCGAGGUAAAGCGCGGGAUCGAUCCCGGAGGCCUCGGGGGCAUGACCAAGGGCAUCAAAUCCGCAACCGAAGCCCUCAAGGGUCUUGGUAUUGGUGGUGGCCUUGGCGGUCUUGGGUCAUUGAAGCGUGCUGAGAAGCCAGAGGCCCAAACGGAACGUCUUGCCCCUCGUCCCGAGCAGGCCCCCGUCGAUCUCAAGGAUGAUGAUGGAAAGGGACAGGCCGUCAAGCCCCAACAGGUCCCGUCGCAGAUUACCGGCGCUGUUGAGGCAGUUGAGCAUGCGGCGCUGGGCCCCGAGGCCAAAGUGCCCCUGGGGGGAGGCGUCGGUCUGUAG